CGCGAAUACGAGGAAAGCUAGUGCUUCCCAUUUUCCGGUCGUUGCGUUAUCAAGUACAUUAAGUUUAGGUUAAGUUAUGUUAAAUUUCAUUCUUUGACGUGUGAGCAUUAGUAAAUGAGUCCGAUUGAAAUUUAUUAAAGUAUAUAUCCGCGUAUACGAUCCGAGAGACAUAUUGCCUUAUUGUAAAUCUCACAAAAUCCAUAAUACCUUUCUUUCGAACAACAAACACAACACAAACGGAUAAAAGGUCUUAGUUGAAACAGUUGAAUUGAUUAUUUCGUGAGAUUAUAUGAGUGUUCAAGUAACUGCAUUUUUACUCGAAGCAUCGACAAAGUACUAUCAAUGACCGACGUUUUAUAAAAGUUUACUUCACUGCCAAAAUUUGAACGAAUCUUAUUGAUACUUGAAGGAAGGGAAGAACAAAUGUCAUUGGACUACGUACAUACAUAUUUGGAUAAAAUAUUUUAAAGAAGUAACGAAGCAAUAUAUUUUUUUGACUGGACUGCUAUGUUGAUUGCAGUGAUUCGGUUGCAAGCGUACGAACAUGAUGUUGAGAAUGGUGUGUCCAAAAUGCCAGCAUCAUUUUCCUGUAUUGGGAUGCUGUUUAAAAUGGAAUGAUGAAACUAAUCAAAAGGAAAUGAAGGAAGAGGAAGAGGAAGAAAAGAAGAAACAGGAAAAGGAAAAGAAUGAAGAAGAAAAGAAAGAAAAAGAAGAAAAGGAGAAAGAAGAGGUGAGGAAGGAAGAAGAGGGUGAAGAAGAAGAAGAUGAUGAAGAAGAAGGAGAGGAAGAGGAGGAAGAAGAGGAGGAAGAGGAAGAAGAGAAAAAGGAAGAGAAGAUGGCUGCUAAUACUAUCUGUUCAAAGACGGCAACCUAUUAUGUUAGUAGUCUCCCAGUAUCCCAUGGCUGCACCAGCGACAGCAGUUGUUUUAUAAAUCCAUCUACAAAGAUUCAAGAACCCACCAUCUUUCAAUCACGUGCAGUUAAUUGCGGCUCCAAUGUCGAAAUUACUGAUUCUGAUACACUGGAACUCUUCUAUGACAUACAGACGUCGAUGAAACAUAAUCACCAUCCGCUGUUAACAUCGCCAAUGUAUCAAUCGAAUGAUCAAGAUCCUUUCAUUACAGUGACAGAAAAUCUUAACUAUGAGAUGGCACCUUCGGAGCAAUAUGUCGCAUCUACAUUCGAGCUCACUGGCGGUAGCGUCACGAUUGCUACACCUGAUAUACAAUCAGGUGGUUGUCUAACACAACAUACAGAACCCGAAAUUCUGGCACAAGCUUCGCAAAUCAAAAUUGAACCAAAGCUUACCGGCGGCGGUUGUCUUGUACAGAAGAAACUGACCGUUGAAGAUGAACGAUUGGCAACAUCCAAAUGUACAAAAAACUUCGCAUCCGUUAAUAAUCGGACAUUUGUUACGCCUCCCAACGAUUAUUCAGAAUUGCCUGCGAACAUAAGGGUCAUAUCAUCUGGGACGAUAAGAGGUAACGAAAAUAAUGAAAUAACAAGUGCUGAAUCAAGAUCACGAAAGAUACCGAACACGAUCAAAACAAAUAACUGCUGCGAUUGCAAAAGUACAUUUCAGCAGAACCAUUGUCAGUACCAUCAUAGACGAAUAUUUGAUGCAUCUCUCGCGGAUAAUCGUGACUCAUUGCUACUGGAGCCUAUCGGUAGCAGCGUGCAAUUCCGAGUAAACGCUACUGUGCAACUACCUGCGAAUCUGGGUCAGUGCACGGUAAACAUCACAGCGACAACGACAACGCCGCCGAACCAAGUUGUAGCGAUGAAAUUGCCAGGUCGUGGUAGAAAUAAUUUUCACGGAGGUGGUCUCGUGCAACCGAACGAGUUGGACAGCGCAAUGGUGAAUCAGAUUGUCGCAGAAAACAAGAGUUGUAAUAAUAUCGAGCAAGUGGAUGAAACAUUGACAACUCCGGUAUCCUGGCCACUGACUGCCUGGAACCCGGAUGUACAUGUAAAUAGAUUACGUGAAGUAAAAAGAUUGCUGCAGAUUUGUGGUUGGUAUCAUGAGGGCAUCAGUCGGCAGCAAAGUGAAAACCUUUUAAAAGACGCAUCCAUAGGUCGAUGGCUAAUGAGAGACAGUUCAGAUUACAGAUUCACUUUUGCGGUAUCUGUGAAAACAACCAAAGGCCCUGCUUCUAUUAGAGUACACUAUUUUCUUGAACAUUUUCGACUUGAAACUACCGACCCUAAGUUAGCAUUGGCGAUGCCAUUUUUUGAUUGUCCUAUUAAAAUGUUGGAGUACUAUGUCGCGUAUUCAAAAAGGAUGGAUGAACAUCGUAGGGAAGUGUGGGUCGACUAUAGUGGACAACUGUAUAGCCAGAUCUAUUUGACCAGUCCUCUUGUCAAAGAAGUUAGAUCACUGUCGCAUUUAGCCAGACUCGCCGUGAAUCGAAACAAGUUGCCUAUUGACUGUUUACCACUAUUAAUUAAAAACUAUAUCAAGGAAUAUCCAUAUACGCUUUGAGUGUGUAAUCACGUCACACGAUACGUUUAUCUUCCGAUAUAUAUAUAUGUACAUAUAAGCAAAAAUUUAUUUUUAUAUACUACAAUACGAAUUUCUCUGACGGCUUAUUUUUCGAUAAGGAACCGAUUAUGCCUUCAAUUGUACUGAUUGUGGAUAUCGUACAAAUGUAUUAUAAUAAAGAAUUAUGAAUCUAAUUUGUGAAUGUAAUUAUAUAAAGGA